ACGAAAGUGUUUCUGAUAAUUUACUUAUUUUUGAAACUUUUAAAGAUUAUUCUCUGCUGAAAUAUGAACUAUAUCAAGAUAAAGAAGAGAAAGUAACGAUUGAUGAUAUAUUUGCAAAGAUUUUAUUAUGGAUAAUAAACUUUCGAAUUAGGUUCAACAUACCAGAGACUGCAAUGGAGUCUCUUAUAAAAUUUAUGAAAUUAGUUCUAACUGAAAUCGGUGGUGAUAAGUUUAAUAGAUUUCCAA